UUCGCUGAAAAAUCUGAAAAUCAGAUUAAAAAUUGAGAUUUUAUUACGUUCAUUGAAAGAGGACCAAUAGCUAAAAAAGAGUUAAACCAAUUAGUACUGAAAUUCAAACAAUGAAUAAAUUAGAAACAGAGAAUGAAAAGGAGAAAGAGAAAAGGACAAAAAAGAAAAAACAAAAAAUGAAAAACGAUGAAAGUCCUAAAAAAGAUGGUCAAAAUAAACAUGGGAAAUCAGAAAAGUACAAAGAAGAUCUGAUAGAUGACAAGGAAAUUGAUAAAAAACAUAGGAAAAAUCGAAAACAUGAAAAGAAUAAAGAAGUAGUCGAAAAACAUGAAAAACACAAAAACAAAGACAAGAAAAAGAGAAAAGACAAGAAAAAUGAGAAUGAUGCAGAUCAAUAUAAGACUGCAGUAGUACAAUCUGAUAGUUCACCUUCCCAGGGAUAUGACAACAAAAAAGACAAAAAAAGAAAAAGCAGUGAAAGCAAGGAUGAAACAACUCCAUACAAUGAAAAAGGAGAUGCUGCAGAGGCAGAAAAGGCACAAUAUAGAAAAAUAGACAGAAAAUCAUUGUAUGAAAUAACAAACGAGGGAUUGGAAAUAUAUGAUGUAAAGAGAAAAAAGGAAAGACUAAAAGAAAUGAAGGAAAUGAAUACUCCCUACAAAGUAGUGCUAAUACCUGGUGAUAACCCUGGUGUGCGAUGGAUUACUACAUUUGGAUUACUUGGAGCAACUCUGAUGUUUUUUGUUGCAUGGGGUUCGGCUAUUUUUUACAUAAUGACACCGGACAUAUUGACAAAUGAAACGAUAACAGAACAAAAUAUUGGUAUUUGAAGAAAUAUAAAAGAAUCUUACGUGUUUUGCGCAUGAUAGUAGUCAAUGAGAUGUUGCAAUAAAUCCACGCCUUUUUUCGUUUUAAUUUCAUUUGCUUUUA